AUGGCAUACGACUAUUACCUUGCCGGACAGAAAACGCAUGUUAUACCGGUAGAGCUGGAGUGCAGCAUGCAAGGGCUGACAGAGGCUGCAAUCACCAACCUGCAAACAGGUGCAGGGCUAAACGCGGAUAUUGUAGCUGCUGUAGUGCGCUGCUAUGAGAACUACAAAGACCAACCAAGGGAUAUAUGCCGGGAGUUAAACGGUUGCGGAGUGACAGGCUCCAUAACGGUGGAUGAUAAGUGCCGGAGUAUCUUUGCUUACCUUGUGGAGAAUGUAACCUACCGUCUCGAUGAUCCGGGCAAGCAAUUGAUUAAGUCACCGGCUCGCCUGCUGGCAGAUGGGUGCGGAGAUUGCAAAAGUCUGACUAUGUUUGUUAGCUCUUGCCUACAUUGCUGCAAGAUACCGCAUAUCAUCCGAUUUGUUAAUUUUGAUGGAGGCACUCAAUAUAGUCACGUUUACCCGGUGGCGAUAGAUGAGGAUGGAAACGAGAUAAUCUUAGACGCUUGCGAAAAGGACGAUAAGGGCUACCCUAUCUACAACUACGCAAGGGAAUACGGACGAAAGAAAGACUUUUAUUAUGAGCAAUAA